ACAGAGGAAGCUUGGGUCUCGCCCUCCAUGUAUGGCAUCAUCCCAGUUUCGCUUAUAGCUUGGUAGCCGACUUUUUACACCUAACGUCACACUUUCCCCCACAAAGCAAUGGAGGUGAAGAUGGACCCUUUGUUCCUGGCGUUGAGCUAUUUCCGGAGACGAAAGCUCCAACAAUGUUCAGAUAUUUGCACUAAAAUAUUACAAGACAACCCGUACGACCAGGACUCCUCCAUUCUUAUCUCAGAGGCUGCAUGGAGCUUGAAAACCCGCGCUCUUACAGAGAUGGUAUACAUUGAUGAAAUUGAGGUUGACCAGGAGGGGAUUGCUGAGAUGAUGCUGGAUGAAAGCUCUAUCGCCCAAGUUGCACGACCGGGAACAUCACUGAGGCUCCCUGGAACAAGUCAUGGCAGCGGCCCCACACCGGCUGUCAGGCCCAUGACACAAUCAGGGCGUCCUAUCACAGGAUUUGUGAGGCCCAGCACACAGUCAGGUCGUCCUGGGACAAUGGAGCAGGCCAUCAAGACCCCCCGCACCGCAAGCACCGCUCGUCCUGUCACCAGCGCUUCGGGCAGAUUCAUUCGUCUGGGCACAGCUUCAAUGUUAACCAAUCCAGAAGGACCAUAUAUAAACCUCUCGAGACUAAAUAUGGCCAAGUAUUCCCAAAAACCACAAUUAUCCAGGACAUUGUUCGAGUACAUAUUCCAUCAUGAAAAUGAUGUAAAAAAUGCAUUAGAUCUGGCUGCUCAAGCUACUGAACAUGCCCAGUUUAAAGACUGGUGGUGGAAAGUUCAGCUCGGAAAAUGCUACUACAGGCUUGGUUUAUAUCGAGAGGCAGAAAAACAGUUUAGAUCAGCGCUCAACCAUAAAGAGGUGGUGGAUACGUAUCUCUACCUUGCAAAGGUGUAUCAGCGCCUGGAUCAACCAAUAACAGCACUUAACCUUUUCAAGCAAGGUCUGGACCACUUUCCCGGGGAGGUUACUCUGCUAACUGGAAUCGCUCGCAUACACGAGGAGAUGAACAACAUCUCAUCAGCCACAGAGUAUUACAAAGAUGUGCUGAAGCAGGACAACACCCACGUGGAGGCUAUAGCCUGCAUAGGCAGCAACCACUUCUACACCGAUCAGCCUGAGAUCGCCCUGCGCUUCUACAGACGGCUACUUCAGAUGGGGGUGUAUAACUGCCAGCUGUACAACAACCUGGGCUUGUGCUGCUUCUACGCCCAGCAGUACGACAUGACUCUGUCCUCAUUCGAGAGGGCUCAGGCCCUGGUGGCCAAUGACGAAGAGCAGGCGGAUGUGUGGUACAACAUAGGACAUGUGGCUGUGGGCAUAGGAGACUUGACACUGGCCUACCAGUGUUUUAAAUUGGCCUUGACUAACAAUAAUGAUCAUGCGGAGGCGUACAACAAUCUGGCAGUGCUGGAGCUGCGCAAAGGUCGCAUCGAACAGUCCAAAGCCUUCCUGCAGACGGCAGCGUCACUCGCCCCUCACAUGUAUGAGCCACACUUCAAUCUCUCCAUUCUCUCCGAAAAGAUUGGAGACCUUCAAGGCAGCUACACUGCCGCCCAAAAGUCGGAGAACUCCUUCCCGGAGCAUGUCGACACUCAGCAGCUUCUCAAGCAACUUCGGCAGAACUUUUCGGUUCUGUGAGCGUCCGACCAGCCCGCUUAAACAGCAAGGUGUGGUUUGAAUAAUGCAGUAGUUAAAGUUAAGGGGUGCGCUGUAGCAGUAGCCAUGACACUCCUGAACAAAGGGUUGUUACAAUGGAGUUUGGCAGGUAAGUCAGACUUGAAAAUCAAGAAAUUGGCCAUUCUCAUUUGACCCCUUCAGCCGUUUUGAUGUACAGAAUCCCUGAUAGUGUACUAGUCAGUGAAACAAUCAGUGAUACUGAUUGUUUGCUUUCCACAAGGUCCAAACAGACAGCUGUUUUGGUAAAUUAGCUCCAGCGGUUAAGAGCAUCUGUAACAUCUGUAAGCUGAACUUAACAACUUGAUGCUAACUUACACUUGAAGUGUUGCUUUGACACGCAACAUGUGACUUGUAGGAAUGUACAAUGCAUAUGUGUGAUAAACUGGUUUUCUAGUGUACAUGUCUGUAAAGUAGCAAUUCAUAUGUACAUAGUCAUGUUAUUUAU